AUGGCGCCUGAAACCAACGGUGCUCCUGGAAAAUUCCAGAGAGUUGCCUCCUUACCUGAAAACCCAUAUGCGAAACUCAUCUCGGAUCAGUCUAUCGCUAUUAUCCCGUCAUUUACUCUGGAAUCGGGUGUGACCCUCUACAAUGUUCCUGUCGCCUACACAACGCGGGGUGAAAUGUCCCCCAACCGUGACAAUGUGCUGGUAAUCUGCCAUGCUUUGAGCGGAAGUGCCGAUGUGGCCGACUGGUGGGGACCUCUGCUAGGCGGACCCGGUCAAGCCUUUGAUAUAUCGCGGUUUUUCGUCAUCUGUUUGAACAGUCUGGGUAGUCCUUACGGAAGUGCAAGUGCCGUGACUUACAAGGAUGGCAAUCCCGAAAAAGGGCUGUAUGGACCUGAGUUUCCUCUUACGACUGUCCGGGAUGACGUGAGAAUCCAUAAGAUGGUCCUGGACGACCUGGGCGUCCGGCAGAUUGCAGCUGUCGUCGGCGGUUCCAUGGGCGGCAUGUUGACCCUUGAGUACGCCUAUUUCGGCAAAGACUAUGUCCGGGCGAUUGUUCCAAUUGCCACCUCUGCCCGCCACUCGGCAUGGUGCAUCAGCUGGGGUGAAGCUCAGCGGCAAAGCAUCUACAGUGACCCCAAAUAUGAGGACGGUUAUUAUUCAUUCGAUGACCCUCCAUCCACCGGUUUGGGAGCGGCACGCAUGUCCGCUCUUCUGACCUACCGAAGCCGCAAUUCUUUCGAGUCGCGAUUUGGUAGAAACGUCCCCGACCCAUCGAAGAGACAGAAUAUCAAUGGCACCGAGCACCGGCAUGUCUUCUCGGGCCCCAGCGAGCGCAACUCACCUGGGCCGCAGCAGCCCUCUGAUGUCCAAUAUAUGGAUCCUCAGUUCUCUGGCACAAAGACCUUUAGCUCUCCCGUCAGUAACAGUGACAGAAAGCGGCCUCCCACCUACUUUUCAGCGCAAUCCUAUCUUCGAUACCAGGGAGAGAAGUUCGUGAAACGAUUCGACGCCAACUGCUACAUUGCCAUCACACGCAAGCUGGACACUCACGAUGUAUCACGAUACCGGGCCAGUCCAGGAUCGGAAGAUCCCGUCAAGGAGGCACUAUCGCAAAUCGAGCAGCCAGCGCUGGUUCUUGGAAUCGAGACCGAUGGACUCUUUACUUUCGAAGAGCAGAAGGAGAUCGCGGCUGGCAUCCCCAACUCUCGACUCAAGCGAAUUGAGAGCCCGGAAGGCCACGAUGCAUUCCUUUUGCAAUUCGAGCAGGUCAACCGAUACAUCUUGGAAUUCUUCCGAGAAGUCCUGCCGGACAUCAUGGCGAAGCCACCUGCCGACGGGGUAGUACCCGUUGACGGAGUUAUCAAACUAACCAAGAGCAGUACUUUUGGAGAGGCGGAGGUCGAGGAUAUCACUGCAUGGUAA